AUGGCGGCAGCAGCGCGGCUCCGCCUGCUGGCCCCUUUGGCCGCUCGGCCCCAGGCGGCCGCAUCUACCCAGCAGCAGCGACAAUCCCACACCAUCUGGUAUCCCGAUGCCAAGUUUGAGCGAGACUUUAAGACCGCCGGCAUGCUGACCAAGCUCUGGAUUCCCGAUCGCAUCUCCGACUACGACAAGGAGCUCGGGCUUGACAAGCUGAAUAAGCUUAUGGUCAAUGCCCCCGUUCAGGGCGAUGCCGUGCAGCUAAAACAACGUGAAAAGGAACUCGAGAACAUGAUCCUGAACUUUGGACCCCAACAUCCAGCCGCUCACGGUGUGCUUCGCCUAGUGCUGAAGCUUGAAGGAGAGGUCAUCAUCAAAGCCAUUCCUCACAUCGGUCUUCUCCAUCGUGCCACCGAGAAAUUGAUUGAACACAAGACUUACACACAGGCCCUGCCCUAUUUCGAUCGUCUCGACUACGUGUCGAUGAUGAACAACGAGCAAGCGUGGUCACUAGCCGUCGAGAAACUCCUGGGGAUCGACAUCCCUCCACGGGCCAAAUACAUUCGAACAUUGUUCGGCGAGUUGACCCGUAUCCAAAACCACAUCAUGGGCAUCACGACCCACGCCCUGGAUAUUGGUGCCAUGACGCCGUUCUUCUGGAUGUUCGAAGAGCGUGAGAAGCUUUUCGAGUUCUCGGAGCGAGUGUGCGGCGCCCGCAUGCACGCCAACUACGUGCGGCCCGGUGGCGUCGCUUGGGAUCUACCUCUCGGGUUGAUGGACGAUAUCUAUGAUUGGGCUGUGAAGUAUACCGAACGAAUCGAUGAGCUUGAAGACAUGUUAUCAGAGAACCGAAUCUGGAAGGCCCGUACGCAGGACGUCGGAAUCGUCUCGGCAGCCGAUGCGUUGAACUGGGGCUUCUCUGGAGUGAUGGUCCGUGGCUCCGGCAUCAAACAAGACGUGCGCAAGACGCAGCCCUAUGAUGCCUAUGGCGAAGUCGAAUUCGACGUCCCCGUCGGAACCAAGGGCGACUGCUACGAUCGUUACUUGUGUCGUGUCGAGGAAAUGCGUCAAUCACUGCACAUCAUCCACCAAUGCUUGAACAAAAUGCCGGCCGGUGAAAUCAAGGUCGACGACCACAAGGUGGUGCCGCCGAAGCGCAAGGAGAUGAAGGAGUCUAUGGAAUCCCUUAUCCACCACUUCAAGUUCUUCACCGAGGGCUUCCAGGUUCCGCCUGGUGCCACCUAUGUACCGAUCGAAGCGCCGAAGGGUGAAUUUGGCGUCUACCUUGUUGCUGACGGUACCUCGAAACCAUACCGAUGCUACAUUCGCGCUCCCGGAUUUGCUCACUUGGCCAAGAUCCACGACGUCUGCUACAUGUCCUUGAUCGCCGACGUUGUUGCUGUGAUUGGAACUAUGGAUAUUGUGUUCGGCGAGGUUGAUCGC